AUGGAGCUCACAGAGGCAGACAUCCAGCCCCAGAUGACAAGGAGGAGACCCGGACAGAGUGCUCUGACAACCCCUCGAAACGAAAAGGACAGGGUCGAGAUACAGUCUGGAACCGAGUUCGGUAUCACCCUGGGCACGCCAAUAGGCAUGGUGGUGCGGAACGAAGACCAGCGGCCCAAGGACUAUGGAAACAGCACCAUGGACAUGUACCCUCGACCCAGCCAUGCUGACUUCACCUACCUGGAAAAGUACGGUGUCAAGGCCAGCAGUGGUGGCGGCAGAAGCAGUGCACGAGAGACCAUCGGUCGAGUGGCUGCCGGUGCUAUUGCGGAGAAGUAUCUCAAGCUCUCCCAUAACGUAGAGAUAGUCUCCUUCGUCUCCUCUGUUGGACACGAGCAUCUCUUUCCUCCCACACCCGAGCAUCCCAGCCCGGUAACCAACCCGGACUUCCUUAAGCUCAUCGAGACAGUUGACCGGAAGACUGUAGACUCCUUCGCCCCGAUUCGAUGUCCACACGCAGAAGCUGCUCAGAGAAUGACUAAGUUGAUUGAACAUCAUCGCGAUCUGUCAGACAGCAUCGGAGGGACCGUCACAUGUGUCAUUAGAAACGUCCCCGUUGGCCUGGGAGAGCCUUGCUUCGAUAAGCUAGAAGCUAAGCUUGCACACGCCAUGCUCUCGAUCCCCGCUACAAAGGGCUUCGAAAUCGGUUCUGGUUUCCUGGGCUGUGAAGUUCCUGGAUCAACUCACAAUGAUCCCUUCGUGGUAGAGACUAACGGUUCUGGAAAGAAGCUGACUACCAAGACCAACAACUCUGGUGGUAUCCAGGGAGGUAUCUCCAAUGGAGCCUCAAUCUACUUCCGUGUUGCCUUUAAGCCACCAGCGACUAUUGGACAGGCCCAGACAACCGCUUCUUAUAACUUUGAGGAAGGUGUUCUCGAAGCAAAGGGCCGACAUGAUCCCUGUGUCGUUCCAAGAGCCGUCCCCAUCGUUGAGGCCAUGGCUGCUCUGGUCGUCAUAGAUGCGCUCAUGGCACAGAAUGCCAGGGAAGCCGCGAAGAACUUGCUUCCUCCGCUGCCACAGACAAUACCCACACGGCCAACGAUUGCUCCAGCCCAGAAUAAGGACGAACAGGCAAAGUGA